AUGUCGACACUUGAAGAACUUGAGGAUCUCGAUCGCCGGGAAAGGGAUGAUAAGAAGAGAGAGAACCGUGAUGGCAAGGGCACUGAGAACGCAGAGAGGGAUGAGGAGAUGAAGGAGGCCGACGAAGAAGACGACAUUUUGGACGAGGAGAUUCUGGGACUCAGCACGCAGGACAUUCUGACACGCAAACGGCUUCUAGAGAAUGACUCUCGUAUUAUGAAGAGUGAGCUAUCGCGACUCUCUCACGAAAAGGCAGCUAUGGGCGAAAAAAUCAAAGAAAAUGUGGACAAAAUUGCGAAUAACAGACAACUACCGUAUCUGGUCGGAAAUGUUGUGGAGCUCCUGGACUUGGAUCCUACCGCCGAGUCAUCCGAAGAGGGCGCCAACAUUGAUCUCGACGCGACCCGCGUCGGCAAGUCCGCCGUCAUCAAGACCUCUACGAGACAAACGAUAUUCCUGCCGCUUAUUGGCUUGGUUGACUCGGAAGAGCUCAAGCCCGGUGACCUCAUUGGCGUUAACAAAGACUCGUAUUUGAUCCUUGACACACUGCCUGCAGAAUAUGACAGCCGCGUCAAGGCUAUGGAGGUCGAUGAGAAGCCUACAGAGCAGUAUACGGAUGUUGGUGGCCUGGACAAGCAGAUCGAAGAGCUUGUCGAGGCCAUCGUUUGGCCCAUGAAGGAAGCGGACCGAUUCAAGAAGAUAGGCAUCAAGGCCCCCAAAGGUGCCCUGAUGUACGGCCCCCCCGGCACUGGCAAGACUCUACUGGCUCGAGCGUGCGCGGCGCAAACGGAAGCUACAUUCCUCAAGCUUGCUGGCCCUCAAUUAGUGCAGAUGUUCAUUGGUGAUGGUGCGAAGCUGGUACGAGACUGCUUCGCCCUCGCCAAGGAAAAGGCGCCAGCCAUCAUCUUCAUCGACGAACUCGACGCCGUUGGCACGAAGCGUUUCGAUAGCGAGAAGAGCGGCGACCGUGAAGUACAGCGUACAAUGUUGGAGCUUCUCAACCAACUGGAUGGUUUCGCCUCCGACGACAGAAUCAAGGUCCUGGCCGCCACGAACCGAAUCGAUGUCCUGGAUCCUGCCCUACUGCGCUCCGGACGUCUGGAUAGAAAGAUCGAAUUCCCCCUGCCCAACGAGGAGGCGCGCGCCCAAAUUCUCAAGAUCCAUUCCCGCAAGAUGACAGUCGAUCCAGGUGUGAACUGGGGCGAGCUGGCGAGAAGCACGGACGAGUUUGGCGGUGCCAUGCUCAAGGCUGUUUGUGUAGAGGCUGGCAUGAUCGCGCUACGCUCUGCCAAGAACAAGAUUGGCCAUGAACACUACGUGGACGCCAUUGCUGAAGUGCAAGCUAAGAAGAAGGAUACGGUCAAUUUCUAUGCAUAG